GAGCAAUUUCCAUCGUUUAUUAUACUGCAUUCACAUUUACAUCUGCAUCGUCGCUCAACUCACAGAACAACGAUAAUGUGGUCUUCUGACCGGUCUCAAGGAAAAGCUCAAGAUACUGCCCAAGAUGCACAGCCCACUGCGGUUCCUGCGCCGAAACACAGACACAAGCACCAUGUCCAGCCCGACGGCACGAGAGUCUGGGAGGACGAGAAGACUUGGGAGGACGAAGGUGGCAAGGGAUGGGGGAGGGUAUGGGUGAAGAGGUGGGAGAAAGGGUCGAAUAAGGAGAAGGAGCAGGAGCAGGUACAGACCGGGAAUGUGGCCGCUACGAGCUUUGCUGGGAAUUCGGAUGAUCAAACUACUUCUACUGCUACUACUACUGCUAUUUCUUCGGAGCACGAGCAAACCACAGCACCCACGGCGACAGACAAGAAGAACAGAGUUAUUCUUGACAAGCUUCUUCAUGAAUCAUACCGCUCCGGUUACAACGAUGCCCUCUCUUCCUCUCGUCUAUCACAACCCUUUGGAUUUUUCGGCUUCCCGGGUUUAGCGGCGUUCGAUGAACCUUUCUUCGCUUUCCCACCUGCGUCGGCCAGAAUCCUUGACGAAGACCCUCUCGUCACCUCUUCGCCUCGGGAUGCAACGGCAAAGGUGUACUCAUAUUCAUCUACAUCUUCUGGUACUGGAACGACAGUCGUCGCCGCUUUGUUGGCUGGUACAGCCGCUGUGUUGGCUUGGAAGACACAUAAGCGGGCGAAGGGUCUGGAAAAGGCUUUGAAUGAGGUGGUGGCCCUGAACAAGGCUCAAGGAUUUGGUUAUCAAGGAGGAAGGGGAGGGAACGAGGUGCAUCAAUUGAAUGCAAAAGUUGAGGAGCUCAAUCAGGUAAUACGUGGGCUUCGAGAGAUGUCGUUGAGCGGGACGUCCACUUGGAGUAAGGAGUUGCGCGAUUCUCGCCCGGAAGGGGGAAAGGUGUUGCAGGAGCUGGACAAGGGGAAGAUAAAGGAGAAAGAGAAGGAGAAGGAUAAGGAGGAGCCACGCUCUACCCAGAGUCAAAGCCAAAGUCAAUACCCCUCAGCUCCUCAUUCAAGCUCGGCGAAGAACAUGGUGAAAGAAGAUGUGAUGCCCAUAUCCGAUAUUCACAAACAAGUCGAAAAAAUCAAGGGUCAAUUCCUAAACAACGUCCGAGUCUCUGAAUCAGAGUUAUCUGGAGACUCCGGACGAGAAGCGACCAAUCCAUCAACCAAACUCCAACCUCAAUCUCAAUCCUUACCACCUCCAGCCUCCAGUACUGCUGCUACAACGGAAGCUGAUGCUUUAUCUACGUCGACCUCUACAACCCCAACCCCACGCAUUAAUAAUAAUAAUUCACCAACUUCUAAAUCUAAAUCUCGCAAGGUUAAAUCCUCUUCUUCUUCGCCGCCGCUUACCCCUUCCUCUCCUAGUAUUAAUGGGGAAGUGAUGCCCCUUGACGACAUUCAUAAGGAGGUGGAAGCGAUCAAGCAGAGGUUUUUGAGCGAGGAUCAGAAAAAGGACGUGAACGUGGACACCCAUGAGUUAUCAGGGACGUUAUCAGGGGAAGUAAACAAUGGGGAGCAACAAGCGGCAUUUUUGACCGAUCCUAUGGAGCCAAAGGUUUCUACUGGUGGUGAUGGUGAAUCAUCCCUAUCUUGCAUGAAGAAAUCGCCAAAGGAGACGAGUAAAUCGAUAGCCCAAGAUCACACUCCCAUUCUUGAGUCAUCGUCGUCAUCGACUAUCGCUGAAUUGCCUAAUCCAGAGAUUCCUGGAGGAAACGCUGCGGCUGGUGUGCGAGGAAACAAGAGGACGAUUUACAUCGAAACCGAAACCAAAUGGGGUGCCCCAACCAUCAUUACCGAAACAGUUCAGCCUGUGCCGCCUGUUGGUAAAUGGUAUUUCCUUUCAUCGCCCUCCAUCUUUACCCAAUCAUUCGAUGCUACCCCUGUCAUCCCUUUCGAUCAACACCUAAAGCCUAAGUCUACGUCUCUUCCCCCGAAAGUACUCGUAGGACCGGGAACGCAAGAGAAGAUCACAUUGAUUAAGCGUAAGACAACGGAAGAGGUGGUCAAGGAUGUGAUGCAGGAUGUGGAGUCAGUGAAAAUCAGGAUCCCGGGUAAGGAGGUGUAUGAUCGGGUCGUUGUUGGCAGAGAUGAAGUGAGAACAUGGGAAAUCUCAACAAUGAUUCUUUUAGCAAAAGACGAUAGGGAAAGAGGGAUUGUGAAGCUGGACGGGAAAUGGUGGGAUGCGAAGCUUGUCAGCGUGAGUGCUGACAAGGGUAAGGACAAGGUCGGGAAUGAGGGAGCAGUCGCCAUUUGGACUUUGGGUGUGUAAAGCGUUUCGAGGUUUUCACAAUGAUACUGCGGAAGGCUGUUGUUGAUCACGCGGGAAGGAAUGAUGGCAUCGAUUUCUUUAUCUUUGACAUGUUCAAGAGUUGUUUGUGAUUUUUCAUCUAUUCAUGAGUCAAGGUUUUAUUGCAGAACGUUCUUGUAAACUUUUGUUUGUUGUCUUUUUAGUUGUCUUGAUGUGGGCUUGUAAUAUGUUUGAUUUGUGCGAUG